AUGGCCAGCCAAUUUCUGAAAUCAAAUCUCAUUCUUUCUUCCUGCUAUAUUCUGGAAUUUGUAUCUCUCUCUCUCUCUCUCAUGAUGCAAUUCACCGAGACCCUACCAUCACCGUUGCACCAAAUUACCCCAUUUUCAACUCUCACCAUGAACCAGAAUCACAUUCAUCGUACAGGGCCAUGGCCUGGUUUUCCUACAUCAAAAGCAUUAGGAAACGUAGGCAAUGCUAAUUACAUGGAACAGUUGUUAGUCCACUGUGCCAAUGCAAUCGAAAGCAACGACGCCACUUUAGCCCAACAAAUCUUGUGGGUCCUAAACAACAUCGCACCACCUGACGGCGAUUCCAAUCAGAGACUCACCUGUGGCUUCCUCAGAGCUCUCAUAUCUCGCGCAGCAAGGUCUGAGAGUUGCAAAAUGCUCACUGCCAUGGCUCAUGUGAAUACCAAUUUAGCCAUAAACACUCAUAACUUCUCCAUCAUCGAGCUCUCAAGCUUCGUUGACUUAACCCCAUGGCAUCGUUUUGGAUUCACUGCAGCUAAUACAGCGAUAUUGGAAGCUGUGGAAGGAUAUUCAGUGAUUCACAUAGUUGAUUUGAGCUUGACACACUGCAUGCAGAUUCCAACGCUGAUUGAUUCUAUUGCCGGCCGCCUAGAGGGUCCGCCGGUGGUCAAGCUCACGGUGGCCGGAGCCACUGAAGACGUGCCACCGAUGCUUGAUCUUUCAUACGAGGAGUUGGGGACAAAGCUAGUUAGUUUUGCUAGGUCUCGAAAUGUGACCAUGGAGUUCAGAGUGAUUCCUUCAAGUUUUUCAGAUGGGUUUUCAUCAUUAGUUGAACAACUCCGAAUGCAACAUCUAGUAAAUACAGACAAUGAAGAAGCGCUGGUAAUAAAUUGUCAUAUGAUGCUUCAUUACAUCCCUGAAGAAACCUUAUCUUUCGAGACAACUUCUGCCUCCUCCUUUCGAACUAUGUUUCUCAAGGCACUUCGGAGUUUAAACCCAACAAUCCUAUUACUAGUAGAUGAAGAUGCAGAUUUUACAUCAAACACUUUGGUAUGCAGAUUAAGGUCGGCUUUUAACUAUCUAUGGAUACCUUAUGAUACCAUUGACACAUUUCUUCCCCGGGGUAGCAGACAAAGGCAGUGGUAUGAAGCUAAUAUUUGUUGGAAAAUUGAGAAUGUGAUAGCACACGAAGGACUUCAGAGGGUGGAGAGGCCCGAACCGAAAAGCCGGUGGGUGCAAAGGAUGAGGAAUGUUAACUUCCGCGGCGUUGUUUUCAGUGAAGAUGCUGUUUCGGACGUGAAGAGUAUGCUUGAUGAGCAUGCAACUGGGUGGGGAUUGAAGAGGGAAGAAGAUGAUCUUGUGCUUACAUGGAAAGGACACAACGUUGUGUUUGCCUCUGCUUGGGUACCUAAUUGAGAGCUUUGUUGCUAGUUAAGCUCUAAUGCUCAUUUUAUUUUGGUACUCCUAGCUAGGUCUAUGUUCUUCUAUUUGUUAAGAAGAUGAGGGUUUUUUGAGUUAAGGGUCGUAUUUGUUUGGCAUUCAAUUAGUAGGUAUAUUUCCA